CCCGAAUAACACGCCUUGGUAAUUUUCCUAAGCAAAUCAGGAACCUCAUUUGACGACACCUCGUGAUUAGCAGUUCCUUCCUCGGCAAAGUAUUCCCAAGAUGUUGGGCGAAGCCGUAUCUUUUCCUCUUCUCCUCCUUGAUUGCCUCCUCCUCGUGCUCUUCUCUGUCCCCUCUCGCAGCGAGUACUCCUGCCCAAACUCCAUGCCGGCGCUCUGCGGCGGGGUCAACAUCUCCUAUCCCUUCUGGAAAUCAUCUGAUUUUCUCCAGAACAACAAUACCUACUGCGGCUACCAAGGCUUCAAUGUGACCUGCGAGUCGCCUUACUACACCCCAAUCCUCCUCCUCGGGAACGACAGAUACAGGGUCUUAGACAUCAACUACAGAACCGGAGUCAUCAUCCUCGCAGAUGACGCUUUCAUCAUCUCCACCGAGUCAGAGUCUUGUUCCAGAGUCAAUCAUAGCGUCACCUGGUUUUCCAAUUUGUCUUUGUCCUACACUGACAACGACGCCAAUCUCACCUUCCUCUACGACUGCACCGAGGAUGGUGAAUGGACCAAUAACUCGAUUUCUUGCCUUCCUCCCGGCGAAAAUUAUGUUUUUCGAUCAAUUCCGGAAUCCUUUACUCAGCGUUGCAAUGAAAUCUUCGUUUCGCCGGUCCUGCGAUCACAUCUACCAACAGAUCCGGGUCAGCUCAGAAUUGAGUACGCACAAGCAUUGAAAAGGGGGUUCGAACUAAAUUGGUCAGGUGACGCCAACAGAGAUUGUACUGACUGCCAGAGCUCAGGUGGCCGGUGUGGGUAUAAUAAAACGAACUAUGACCUCGUUCCCGCCUGUUUCUGCUCGGACGGAAAAAUUGAACAAUUCCAAUGUAUCCAGGCUUUCGGUUCGACUAAUCCUGGAGGUGGACUGCCCGGCCCCACAUACCAACCACUAGGUGGUGGGAGGAAGCCUAAUAAAGUAUUGAUAAUUGGAGUUGUUGUAGCUGCAGGUAUAAUGGUUGCCCUUUCAAGUUUUCUCUCAAUUUGGCUUCUACGAUUUAGAAAGCAAGGUGAGAAAGAAAACCAAGCUAUCGAAGCCAUAGUGCUUCAGUACGAGUCAACUCCAAAGAGAUACACAUAUUCAGAAAUAAAAAGAAUGACAAAUUCUUUCAGUGACAUGCUUGGGAAAGGAGGUUAUGGUUCUGUAUUCAAAGGUUCACUCAAAGAUGGCCAUUUGGUUGCUGUGAAACUCCUGAGUGAAUCCAAAGGCGAUGGACAAGAGUUCAUCAACGAGGUAGAGAGCAUCAGUCGAACCUCCCAUGUCAACAUUGUUGGACUUCUUGGAUUUUGCUUAGAGGGAUCAAAGAGAGCUCUAGUUUACGAGUUCAUGCAGAAUGGAUCCCUGGAGAAGUUCAUCUUUAGCAACAAAUCAGAUAUGAAAAAUACCCAACUAAGCUGGGAGAAGUUAUAUAAUAUUGCGAAAGGCAUAGCGCAAGGUCUAGAGUACUUGCAUAGAGGAUGCAACACCCGCAUCGUUCACUUUGAUAUAAAGCCCCAUAAUAUCUUAUUGGACCAAGAUUUUCAUCCCAAAAUUUCAGAUUUUGGAUUGGCCAAGAUGUGCCUACGAAAGGAUAGUGUUAUCUCAACAAUGGCUAUGAGGGGAACGCCAGGGUAUAUCGCUCCAGAACUCUUCUCUAGAAGCUUUGGAGUGAUAUCCAGUAAGUCGGAUGUUUAUAGCUACGGAAUGAUGAUAUUAGAAAUGGUUGGAGGGAGAAAGAACUUCAAAGCAAUGGCAGACCAUAGCAGUGAAAUUUAUUUUCCAGACUGGGUUUAUGACAAUUUCAAUAAGUACUAUGAUUUAGUCACUCCUGAUGCCAGUCUUGUUAGUCCUGAGACUGAUGCUAAUCCUAAGACUAAAGAAAUUGCAAAAAAGAUGAUGAUAGUGGGGUUAUGGUGCAUACAGAUAAAGCCAGAAAAUAGACCUUCAAUUAGCAUGGUUAUCAACAUGUUGGAAGGAAGCAUCAUGGACCUGCAAAUGCCACCAAAACCAGAAUUCAGUUAGAGUGCCAUUUGAAGAUUAUUAAAUGAUGUAAUAUUAUUUUUUUUUCCACAGUAUUCUGAACAAUAAAACAAAAUCAAGCCUAUACAACAUUUGGCUUGAAUGUAAUCUGUGAUCAAAGUAAUUUCUUAAUUAUGUUUUGUGUGGUGAGAUUAUAUUGGA